AUGGCUAAAAAAAAUUCUUCAAAACAAUCAAGUAAAUCACUUAAGAAGAAUAAGAAUCGUGUAGGAAAACAAGCUGAUGCUUAUCGUAUAUUUUUUACUGAACAACAAGCAAAUCGAACUGAUAUAAAUUCAAUGUCAACUAAAGAACAAAUGAAACUUUUAAGAGCUGAAUGGCGAAAAUUAUCUGCACAACAAAAACAAACCUAUAAAAUUAAAGCUACUGAUGAAAACAAUCAUCAAAUACUUGAUAAAAAAAAUUUAACUUCUGAUCGAAUUCAAUCAAGUACAAAAACUAAAAGUGAUAAUAAACAUUAUUCUCAUGGAAAAAAUUCAUCACAAAAGAAACCAAAACGAAUGAAUAAAAAAACAGCUACUCGAAAAAUGACUAAUCAUGAACAACAUAAUCAAAUUGAUACACAUGAAAGUGUUGAAAAUUGCUCAUGA